AUGUCAUCUCUUAUUAGGCCAUACGAUGUUAUUGUUAUUGGUGGCGGCCAUGCUGGAUCAGAAGCAUGUACCGCAGCUGCUCGUUCCGGCGCGAGAACCGCCCUCAUAACUCCUUCUCGAUCGGACAUUGGCGUUUGCUCGUGCAAUCCAAGCUUCGGCGGGAUAGGAAAAGGGACAAUGAUCCGUGAAAUUGACGCUCUUGAUGGAGUAGCUGGCAGGACGGUCGAUAAAGCUGGCAUCCAAUUCCGGGUACUCAACAAAUCGAAAGGCCCGGCUGUCUGGGGUCCACGAGCACAGAUUGACCGCGCACUCUACAAGAAGUAUAUGCUGGAGGAAUUAUCCAAUACACCUGGCCUUAGCAUCGUGGAAGGAAAGGUGGCAGAUAUCGUCAUAUCGAAGGAUAAUGUGGAAAAUCUCAAUGGAUCUCAGGGCGAGAUUGUAGGGGUCAGGCUGGAAUCCGGCGAGGUGAUACCCACUGGGAAAGUGAUAAUCACGACCGGCACGUUUCUAGGAGGCGAAAUCCAUAUCGGAUUGGACGUCUUCCCAUCCGGUCGUAUGGGAGAAGCAGCGACUUUUGGGCUGAGCAAGUCGCUUCGUGAAGCAGGUUUCAAGCUCGGCCGUCUCAAGACAGGUACACCCCCAAGAUUAGACCGGAAGACCAUCGAUUUCAGCACACUCGAAGUCCAGCCAGGCGAUUCACCUCCAAGUCCCUUUUCGUAUCUCAACGACUCAGUGCAGAUUGGGAAUGAGGGCCAACUAAGCUGCUGGUCAGCCUACACGAACGAAGCGUCUCAUGACGUUGUACGAGAGAAUCUAGACAGGUCUAUUCAUAUCCGCGAAAGUGUCAACGGCCCACGUUAUUGUCCUUCUCUGGAGUCGAAAAUCAUCAAGUUCAAGGAUAAACCCAGGCAUAUGAUUUGGUUAGAACCUGAAGGGCUCGCGCCAAACGAUGUGAUUUACCCGAACGGAAUCUCAAUGACCAUUCCCGCCGACGCUCAGGAAAAGAUGUUACGAACCGUUCGCGGAUUGGAGAACGUAACUAUGCUUCAACCUGGUUACGGGGUGGAGUAUGACUAUGUUGACCCACGAUCAUUACGCCCUACACUCGAAACGAAACUGAUUAGUGGGUUGUACCUUGCCGGCCAAAUAAACGGCACAACUGGGUAUGAAGAAGCUGCGGCGCAAGGUAUACUUGCAGGUAUUAAUGCAGGACUCGCUUCCCAGUCCAAACCACCAAUGACCCUCUCGCGCGCGGAUGGAUUCAUUGGAAUCAUGGUGGAUGACCUUAUUACCAAGGGAGUCUCCGAGCCCUAUCGCAUGUUCACGACUCGAAGUGAAUAUCGUAUUUCAACACGCUCAGAUAACGCAGACUUACGGCUAACGGCGAAGGGACGUGCUGCUGGCGUUGUAUUCGACAAGCGUUGGAGCCAUUUCAACGAGACCAAGGAGCAACUAUCCUACCUACAGACACUCCUCGAAAACACCAAGUAUCCAUCCCCGUCCUGGUCACGAAAGGGAUUCCCUGUUCGUACAGACUCCACCGUCCGGUCUGCUUUUGAACUCCUCUCACAUAACGGAGUUUUACUUGAUGACAUUAUUCCACACAUCGACUCCUCACCUGGUGUCCUCCACACUCUUUCUUCGUUUCCCCCCGAAAUUAAAUCUCGAGUAGCCAUUGAAGGCCGCUAUGCUCCAUACACCAAACGACAGGAGGCGACGGCUCUAUCCUUUGAACGAGAUGAGAGCCUUUUACUCCCUUCCGACAUAGACUAUAGCAAAAUGCUUGGUUUGAGCACCGAGGAGCGUCAUGCUUUGGAGAAAGUGCGCCCAGUAAGCAUUGGUAUGGCGCGCCGUGUUGAAGGUGUGACCCCUGUGGGUGCCCUGAAACUGCUCAUGCAUGUUCGCAAGUUAAGGUUGCUAGAACCCGAGAAAGGUGAAGCUGUUUUGGAACAGAAUCUACGAGAAUAG